GUAGAACUGCUCUUUUAACGGCACAACUUCUUGUUGCGAUACCAUUGGGAACUAUAUCUUUGUUAGUAUUUUGCUAUCUUCGAACAAGAUGGAAUGCAAUGUUUGCUCCAAGAAGUAGACUUCAAAAGCUUGCUCCUGAUCCUCUUCCAACUACAUUUUUCGGUUGGAUAGUUCCUUUGUAUAAUAUGCCUGAAUCUCAUAUAUUAGAAAGGGUUGGAUUGGAUGCUGCAGUGUUUUUGGCAUUUUUUAAGAUGUCCUAUAAACUAUUCACGUUUUGUGCGAUCGCUGGUUUUGUCGUAGUUGGUCCUGUUAAAUUAACUAAAUACUUCGAUCUCUUACCGGAUGGCAAUAAUGAUGGGAGAAAUUCCUUUGAUAAUGUUCCAAAUCCCCAACCAAUAGAGGAAACACCCGAGACGCCCGGAGAAUUGGCAGUAUAUGUGAUAUUAACCUGGUGGAAAGAUACUAUAGCUGCAAGGACUGUUAUGGUGACAUCUAUACCUAAAGAGUUACAAAGCGAUCCUGCUUUGGCUGAUUUUUAUGAAUCAUUGGGAUUUGGUACAGUUGAAAGUGCCGUAGUUUAUCGUAAUGUUCGUAAACUUAGACGUGCAAUUGAAAAAAGAGCAAA